CACACACUCUUCCAGCAGUCAUGGGAGCCUCGCAGGCACGUCCCGAGCAGAACCAGUACCAGGACCUGGCCCGGAAAACUGGAUUUUCGCUGGAGCAAAUUAAAAAUCUCCACAAAAGAUUCCGACAACUCAGCAGAAAUGAGGAGACGAUAAGGCGUGUGUGUGUGUGUGUGUGUGUGUGUGCGUGUGUGUGUGUGAUUGUGUUGUUCUUGUCGCACUGCAGCAGAGGAAACCUGGACAGCGUUGCAGCUCUCGCCAACAAUCCCAUCAAGAAGCAAAUCAUUGAAGCCUUCUUUGACAAAAGGAACCAGCGCCGGGACGAGGUGGGCUCGGAGGAGGAGAUCGGCUUCGAGCAGUUCCUCAUGGUCAUGUCUCACUUUCGGCCCCCGACGCUGAAGACCACCGAGGAGGAGAGGGAGGCCAUGAGGGAGGAGAAGCUGCGCUUCUUGUUCAACAUGCACGACACCGACAGCGACGGCACCAUCACGCUCGCCGAGUACAGGAAGGUGGUGGAGGAGCUGCUGUCAAAAAGCGGCACCAUGGGACAGGAAGCCGCCAAGGCCAUCGCAGAUGCCGCCAUGUUGGAAGUGGCGAGCACCAACGUGCCGCACAUGGCGCCAGAUGACUUCUACGAAGGGAUUACCUUCGAGCAUUUUCAACAGAUCUUAAAAGGUCUGGAGAUGGAGUCGAGGAUGCACAUUCGCUUUUUGGACGUGGACACCACCACGAUGCGCUGCGGGAAAUCCAACUCUUAAAAGGAGGCUUGCGCCUCACUGUAUUCACAUAGAUGUGUAUCUUCAUACAAUCACAAGCGUUUUCACACUGUAAACAAUAUGCUACACACAGCAGGGCCUCGGCCUACGUACCACCAUGUUGCUUAGUUAUCACUGUCCAUUUCAUAGGAGCAGAUCCUUUCACAUUCACAUUCAUGGAUGCCAUCUUUAUCCUUCAUGAUGGUCGCAACUUAGAACAAGCGUACGGCCAACGUUGAUCCCUAUUCCUCCUCUUUCUUUUUCACUUUCCUUUUCUUUGACGCAGCGCCAUCGGCAGAGUCUGCCUUACCAACUGACACUACAAUGCAAUGAGGAGCUUUUUUUUGUUUUUUUUUAAAGCCCAAGUCAAGCCUCUGAGGCCGAUGUGGCAUUUGAGGCUCAUCAGCGCUGGCCGACGUCCAACGUGGGCGACCGGAGACAAAACAUUCCAGAGCGAGCCCGGGGUCGUUUUCAUGGGCUCCUCUGAGAGUUUGCAUCAGCAAAAACCGUCCUAACAACAAAUAAGCUUCUUUUUGCCACAAGAAAUGAUGUCGAAUAAAAGAAAGCACUACGCCAGGUGUCCAAAGAUUCAAACAUUCAAAACAUAUAAUUCAACAAGAAAACAAAAAAGCAAAAAUGGAAAAAUCAGCAGUAAUUUUACAUGAAUAAAGUCAAAAUAUUCAGAGAAAAGAGUUGUAAUUAACAAAAUUUCCAAAUUAAUAACUUGAAAUUUAAUAACAUAAUGAAUAACAUAAUUUUAGUAGCAUAAAGUUUAAAUAUUUAAGACAAAAGAUGCGUUUUUAAGGCGUAAUAUUAAAGGAAACAAACAGAAAUUAAGUCAGGAAAUUACAGUGCAAGAAAAGUUGUAAUGUGACGAGAAUAAAGUGUGAAUAUGAUGGAAUGAAGUCAUAAUUACGAGAAGAACAUUUACAGGGAGAAAGUUGAAAUAGUUGGAAAAUUUAAAAAACAAACCCAGCAGAAAUAAAAAAAAACAAAAAAAAACAGCUGGAAUUUUAUGAGAACAAAGACAAAAUAUUAGGAAAAAGUGGUAUUCUAACGAGAAAAAAGUCGCAAUUUCAUGAGAAUGAACUAAUAUGAAAAAUAAUGUCAUUUUAGUAAUGUCAGUUUUUUAACAAAACAAAAACUUGUCAUUUUUUGAAAAUUAGGCUGCAGAAAAUUCUGUUAUGAGAAUAAAUUACGGCAAUAAAGUCAUAAUUACAAGAAAGAUAGUUGAAAUAGUUGGACAUUUUAAAAAAAGAGCGAAAAUGAAAAAAAAAGUUGUAAAUUUAUGAGAAUAAAGUAAAAAUAUUAAGAGGAAAAAGUUGCAUUCUAAUGAGGAAAAAAGGUGCAAUUUUAUGAGAUCAAAGUCGGAAUAUUAUAAGAAAAAAUUAUGUCAUUUUACUAGCAUAGAGUUGAAAUAUUAAAGAAAUGACAUGUUUUUUUAAAAGUCGUAAUAUUGUGAGAAACAAAACAAAUAAUAUGAGGAAAAAAAUAAAGUAAUUUUAGUAGCCUGAAGUUUUUAAUAUUUGAUUUUUUUUAAGUUGUAGUAUUCUGAGGAACAAACAACAAAAAGUUGUAAUUUCUGGAAAAUCCGACUGCAGGAAAAGUUACAAGAAUAAAGUCAAAAUAUUACGAGAAAAAGUCGUAUUCGAACAAGAAAAGAGUUGCAGUUUUAUGAGAAUAAAAAAAGUUUAAAAGAGUAAAAAUAUUAUGGGAAAUAGGUUCUGAAUUACGAGAAGAAAAUUAUUGUUGGAAAUUGUUAAAAACAACAAACAGGAGAAAUGAAUAAAAUGCUGUAAUUUCACGAGAAUAAAGUCAAAAUAUAAAGAGAAAAAAGACAAAACUGGUAAUAUUAUGAGGGAAAAUAGUCAUUUUAGUAGCAUAUAGUUGAAAUAAUAAGAAAAAAGAAUCUAAAAACAAAACAAUGUAUUUUUUUAAAAAGUUGAUGCCCCUAAUAGGCUUUUCCAUCAAUACGACGAAGCUGAGAUCAGGUUUUUCUUAAAACAUUUAGAACUUCUUAACAUAUCUUCAUUUUUCAGUAUGUGGCCUUCAGUGCAAACCAUUUGGACACCCCCGCACUGUGCUAUUACUAUUUUAUGAUUAUUAUUGUACUAAUCUGCACUAAAAUCACACUAAUAAAUCAUGUAAAAAACAAGUUCAUGUUUUGUAAACCUUUUAAUAAAAGUACUGACAAAAAUGAAACAAUGGAGCAUUUUUUUUUACAUUACAAAGUCAUGAUUUUCCCCCCCGACAGUCUCCAUCAGGUAAAUAUUUCAAUUGUUGACACUGUGCAGCGUUCAGAGGCAUGAUGGGAAAGCUCACCUCAGUCGAUCGUAGGGCACGGUGAGGGCGAUGUUGUAGUUGUAGCCGUGAGAUUCCGUGUAGUCGGACCUGCAGAUGGGCAGGAUGCGCUGCUCCUGAGCGCCGGCGUCCUCGGCGAAGUCGUAAUGGCAGAUGACUCCUCUGUGCCUGAGGGGACAGCGAAGGUUAGCGACAAUGCGCCACGCCGCACCGCCUCCGUUGGCUAACCUGGCCUUACGGGUAGCGGUUACGGCACUCAUCUGCCUGCCUGUCCCUAAUAAUGUGGCCCGUUCCAAAUAACAUGUUUUCAUCCAUUUCAGGAGAGCUGAAACGAACAUCCUUGAUCAUCGACACAGGGGGUGUCCAAACUUUUUCCAUCGAGGGCCACAUAGUGAAAAUGAAAGGAUGCAACUUUGCCACUUGGAUAUGCUAAAAAGGUACAGCACUUAUGUUUCAUGGAAAAGGCUGCACCUCAGCUUUGUCACAUGCUGUUGGUGAAAAGCCUUUUAUUAGGAUCAAAUAUUUUUGCUCUUGUUUUCGUAAGAUUAUGACUUUAUUACCAUGAAAUAACUUUUUCUCCAAUCCAAUUUCCUACAAAUUUCAACUCUGUGCCACUAAAAUGACAAAAAAUCACUCAAAUUCUUCUUGGAAAUUUUGUUCACGUAAUUCUGACUUUACUCCCAUAAUAUUUUGACUUUAUUCUUAUAAGUUUUCCCGCAACCUAAUUUUCCAAAAAUGACAACUUUAUUCGUUUUGUUAGUUUCUCAUAAUAUAACAAUUUAAAUUUGUAUUUUUUAUUUUAUCAUAUCAACUCUAUGCUACUAAAAUGACAUUAUUUUUCCACAUAACAUUACGAAUGUAUUCUUUUCUCCUAACAAUACCACUUUCUCUCUCUUCUCGCUUUUUCCCACAACCUAAUUUUCCAAAAACUACAACUUUA